AUGACAAAACAGGAUUCCCCAGCCCCGGCCCUAGGCCAGCGUCAAGCCAAACGGCCGAGAACUGAGUCUUCAAAUGGCUCGAGCCCAGCGUCAAUACCUGCGGUGCAGUAUGGUUUGCGCACCACGGAGCGGCCUUCGACUACACCAGGGUAUCUGGGGUCGACGAGUUUUUCAGCUGUGUUUAGUGAACACCGCGCUGAUAUCGCGUUCGAAGAAGGUGGUUGUGACGUUGAUAGUAUCUUCGCUACCAUGAAAGGUCAAUCUCACCUGGAGACUGGAGUUGAAGUCUUGAAGUUUCUUCAUCGGAGUACGAUAUGUGACAUCGUGGUCCGGAAGUUCUACGCGGGGCACUUGAUGGCCGCCGUUUCUGGGCUUAUAGUCGAAGCUAUUGUACAGUCUGUUCGAAGGAUCCUUGACAGUAUUGACCGCAGUAAAGAUCUGGAAAGGCAGCUACGAGACCUGGCGCAGCAGAUAUUCCUCAGCUCGGCGCAUCCUUUGACUUCUCACAGCUCGAUGACCGUCGAGGAAUACUUUGCCUCGUUUACAGACCAAAAUCUGCGCUGGGAGGCAAUAGGGAUUUUUCUGUCUAUGGCCGGCAUAUCGCUGAUGUCUACUGCAGACAGCGACCCUGAUCUCAUGCGGGUGGCUCCCGGUGAGCAAGCUAAGGAUAUGCUUCGAACGCAGGUGGUCGAAGCGAGCGGUAUCUGCGUCGGGUUCUGCGACACCGCUGCCUCUGUCAGUGAACUCCUCGGUUUCCUGCAGUAUUGUGACCUGCUCCUGAGAACCCAAUACUACGGUGACACAAGUUAUGUCGCCUGGCGUAAGCUCGGUAACCUGACAGCCACCAUCUACGCAGCCGGCCUCCACCAAGAAAACACACGGGCCCAAAACUGCCCUCCUUUUCUACACCAGUGGAGGAAAAUGUGCUUCGCAGCCGCAUUCUACGCUGACAAGUCUCUGUCUACCUUCGUAGGGAGGCCGCCGUUCAUCAAUUACCGUUACUGUACGAUUUCGGCGCCGCUAGAUCUGAGCGAUGAGGAUCUCAUUGCUGGAGGCGAGCGUCUAGACCAGGCGAUGUCCAACCUCGAUGCGGCGGGGUGGAAUCCCCAGGUCAGCAACCACCGAGGAAGCAUGCUGCGCCUCCGGUUCCUCCUGGCGGUGCUUCGCGAGCAAGCUCUUGAAAUUGCAUUGGGGACGUUUGAAGACUCGGAACUCCUCUAUAAAUACAACAAAGUGAUUGAAGCUGCACGGAAUCUAUGGGACUCUUGUCCUGUUACUUUCCGGCACGACCAGUGCGAAAACGUCGAGGGGUUAAGUCCAUCUUUCACAUUCGCACGACGCCAUAUCUACCUUGACUAUCUGUAUACACUCUUUCUGGUACAGAGGAUGGUCACCAAACGUACAAACACCGGCCACGAAUCUCUCUUCAAUACCUCGCGCGAAGUUCUAACCAUCAUCCUCGAAUUGACCAACGAGCGGCAUCCAGGCGUUGACAAUAGCAGACACCAAUCUUGGAUUACCCUCUACUACGGCCUUCCAAGCGCAAGCAUCCUGGCAUUUGAACUCCUCCGCCAAACCCAAGAAGCAGGCCCGCACCCGGUGAUGCCCCCGCGGUCCGAGCUAAUCCGCAAUCUAAGCGUUUUCGUCUCGUGCUUGUCGUGGGUCGCAUCGCCGGGCCAAGGCAACUAUCGCACGUGCAAGGCAGUCGAGAAGAAGCUGUCUGAUAUCCUGGACCAGAUACUCGACCCGCAGCCGGCGCAGCAGAGAGAUUUCCUAGACGGCGGCCAUGACGGGAUGUAUGGAUUGCUGAACUGGUAUAGCCCGGAUAAUUUUGAUUUCGACCCGUUUGAUUUUCCGGCGAAAGAUGGGUUCCCGUUUUAA